AAUACAAGUGAUAGAUCCACUACCAGAUCCUGAUGUGGUGAAAUCGAAAAGCACAAAAACCAAUCGUCCCAAACGAAAAGAGCCGGGCAUGUCAUAUUGUGUACCAGCUUCAUCAUCGUUUAUUUCAAACGAUGAUACGUCAGGUGUUCCACUUAGGAAGAGAGUUGUUCAUCUAAUUGCAGCCACCGAAUUAACUCCUGAUCUAUUAAACACCGAUCAGAUUGUAAAGAAAGUUAAAGAUAAUAAAGAAAAUGUGCAAAAAGUAUUGGAUGAGGUUGCGGAAUUGACAAAAAAGGGAACUUGGAAGCUUACGAAUAACGCCUGGUUGAUGCUUGAACCAUACACUUGGUUUAGUUAUGGGCAAAAAGUGGUUAGUGGUGUUGUUCAAAAAAUGAACGAAGUCGCAGACGAAAUGGGUUUAUCUCCAGAUGCGCCUCAACGGCCUCGUCCACCCAAGCACACACUCCCCCCCAAUCAUUCUACGAAUAUUGAUGUUGGAGAGUCUUCAUCUAGAAAACGUCUCAAAAUUGGGUCAGGAUCAUAUUCAGAAAUUCAGCAAAGCAACGAUGUUUUGCUUCCUGGAACUAUUAGGGGUGCCAAAACUACUCGAGGUGGGAAAAGUACAAAGGGACGGGGCGCUAAAACUCUGACUAGUUUACAAAAACAUGAUGAUGAUAUAGAAUAUGAUGCUAAAAGUGUUCUAUCAACUCGAGGUGCCAAAUCUAUUCGAGGUCGUGGUAACAAGACAACAGCAACUACAACCGCUUCCAUAACAGCUGAACCAACUACAGGUCAUUCAAAUCAAACGACUACUCGAGCCAAAAGAGGAAGGCCACUUGGCUCGAAAACUUCUAAUAAGACUUCAACUUUAAAAGGCACAAUAGCAUUAUCAAAUAUUGAACCAUCUAAGCAAGAAAAGCAAGAAACUACUGAGGUCAAUGGUCAUACGUUAGUAAAUGGCAUUAAUAACGAAAUCAAACAAAGUAAAUACCGAGUCAAUACUUUAACUGAAUUUCGAGAUCUCAUUGACGAGUUUAAUGCUAAGCAAGAUGAAUAUAAUGAGAUAAACUUGAAGUUAACAAACUGGAUCCCAUUGUAUGAAGAAUUGUAUCCUAGUCUCCGCAGUGCCAGGCAAUCCCGUGAAAAACCUAUUAUAAAUAGGAUUAUGGAAACGUUCGGGAAUGGGAGUGAAGUCUUCAAUUUAGUUGAGCGGUUUAAUGCUCUUGAAGAAGAGUUGUAUCAAAUUUCAGCUGAGGCUUGGCGAGCAGCAAAAGAAG